AUGACCCUCCUCAGCACCGUCGCCGGCUUCUCCGCCUUUGGCUUUGGCGUCCGCUGCUUCCAGCUCGGCCUCCAGAAGCGCAACAUCUUCUCCCGCCCCUUCGGACACGUCGCCUCGGUCGUCGGCUUUGGCUCUCUCGGUUACUACCUCUACCACGUCGAGCAGAGGCAGUCUAUUGCGAGCUGGAAGCAGCAAUGUGGCAGGCAGGCCGCUGCUUCUCCAGAGCUGGGACCAUGGACUGUCCUGUGUGAGGUAAUGACAGAGUAUUUGCUCCAUCACCUCGCCGAUCCGACGCGCCAUGUCCCAGCUGUCAACGUACGCCUUGGUCCCGUCCUCGCGUCCUUGCUCCCGCCAACUCUGCCUCCUUCCCUCUUCUACGCCGCCUCCACUGACACUCCUCGCAGAACCGAGCUUAUUGCCCAGAAGAAGAAGCAGCUCCUGGCCCACCGGGAAGCCGAGCAGUCGAUCUAA